UACGGGGUAAACAUGUCGACGAAGGGAGGAGGUACGAGGGGGUUCUACUUCAACACAGUUCUGUCGCUAGCGCGGUCGCUAGCAGCUCAUCAGCCGGCACCUGUCGAUAAGGUACAAAAGCUGCUAUGCAUGUGCCCAUCAGAUGCCCGGGGGGUGUUCACUCUGGACAUCCGUCGCAGAGAUGCAGUUGUAGCGCUGGGAGUGUUUUUGGUAGAAUCAGGUUUACAGCACAAAGACACGAUUUUGGGCUACCUCCUGAGCUUGCUGAGAGGGCUUCCCAGGGUGCAAUGGGUGGAGGAGACCGGCACCAGGAAAGGCAGAGAAACUCUGCCCAUGGCUGAGAACUUUAGUUUCUGUCUGGUCACAUUACUGUCUGAUGUUGCCCAGAGAGACCCGCAGUCGCGCUCUCAGAUUUUGGAAGCUGUUAUGGAGGUGAUACAGUCUCUGCUUGAGAUGUGCCAAGCGCCCGAAAACCACGACAAAGUUUACCUGUGCAGGUACGUAGUACCGAGCCUCCUGGGAGUCACUCGAGCCUUUGGUCGCUAUAGCCACACUGGCGAAGCGCUUUUAUCCCUGCUCUUCCCGCGAGGGUCUCCCCAGGCACCUCAGCGUGUCGCUAUGGAAACAGAGGGGGUUCGCCGGCGUUCUUUCAAUGACUUCCGAUCCAUCUUGCCAAGCUCCCUGCUCGCCGUGUGUCAGGGGGACACGUUGAGACGUAAGGCUGGCACCUCCAACCCAGAUACACAGGUCAGCCCUGAGAGAGGAGGACCCUCCCCAUGUUCUCCUACAGCUCCGGGUCCGCAGUACUUUGAAGGUUCGUAUCUCCCGGACGGCAGUGCGUUAGACCCUGAUUACUACUUCACCACAGUGAGCUCCAGCUUCUCAGUGUCUCCACUCUUCACUGGUGCCAGCGGUCAGGAGAUCAGUGUCCCCUCGGAGCUGCUUAGACAGCUCCUACACAUGGUGAAGAGGUUUGUGUCAGAUUCCUUUUUGAAGACCCUAGAUGCCACCAUGGAAGAGGUCAUUGAGGCCAAUUCUAGUCUGGAUAUGUUUUACAAGGCCUUCAGUGACCCGCUGUAUGUGGGAAUGUUUAAAAUGCUCAGGGAUACACUAUAUUAUAUGAGAGAUCUGCAGGCCUCCUUUGUGAAGGAGGUGCACGACUUUGUGCUAGAGCAAUUCAGCAGCAGCCAGUCCGAGUUGCAGAGAGUGCUCCAUGAGGCUGACCGGUUGCCAGGGGAACCAAGUCCUCUGAAGUUGCGUUGCCAGGCCAACGCAGCCUGUGUGGACCUCAUGGUGUGGGCAGUGAAAGAUGAGCAAGGUGCUGAGAAUCUGUGCACCAAACUGUCAGAGAAGCUGCAGUCAAAGACAUCCAGCAAAAUGAUAAUUGCACACAUGCCGCUGCUCAUCUGCUGCCUGCAGGGACUUGGGCGGCUGUGUGAGCGUUUUCCAGUGAUUGCUCACUCUGCUACCACGUCGCUCAAGGACUUCCUGGUGGUGCCGUCGCCCGUGUUGAUUAAGCUUUACAAGUACCACAGUCAGUAUAGCGCAGGGGGUGGAGACAUCAAGAUCAAUGUGACCAAUGAACAUUCCCAGUCGACUUUCAACCUGCUGCCUCACCGGAAGGACCAACCCUCCAUGUACGAGCAACUCCGAGACAUUUCCAUCGACAAUGUCUGCAGGUGUCUGAAGGCUGGUCUCACGAUGGAUCCUGUGAUAGUUGAGGCUUUCCUUGCUAGCCUCUCUAAUCGACUUUAUAUCUCCCAAGAGAAUGACAAGGAUGCCCACCUGAUUCCAGACCACACGAUCCGUGCUUUGGGCCACAUCGCCGUGGCGAUGAGGGACAGUCCAAAAGUGAUGGAGCCCAUUCUCCAGAUCCUUCAGCAGAAGUUCUGCCAGCCUCCGUCCCAGCUGGACGUGCUCAUCAUAGACCAGCUUGGCUGUAUGGUCAUCACGGGCAACCAAUACAUCUACCAGGAGGUGUGGAACCUGUUUCAGCAGAUUAGUGUAAAAGCCAGCAAUGUUGUUUACUCUGCCACAAAAGACUACAGAGACCAUGGUUACAGGCACUGCUCCUUGGCGGUGAUCAACGCCUUGGCUAACAUCGCCGCUAACCUGCAGGGGGAGCAGUUGGUGGACGAGCUGCUUGUCAAUUUGCUGGAACUGUUUGUACAACUUGGCCUGGAGGGCAAGAGAGCUAGCGAACGUGCCAGUGACAAGGGAACAGCCCUCAAGGCCUCCAGCAGCGCAGGAAACCUUGGCGUUCUCAUCCCAGUCAUUGCUGUGCUGACCCGCCGGCUGCCGCCCAUUAAAGAGGCCAAACCACGCCUGCAGAAGCUCUUCAGGGACUUUUGGCUCUAUUCUGUUGUCAUGGGCUUUGCUGUGGAAGGCUCUGGACUGUGGCCAGAAGAAUGGUACGAGGGAGUGUGUGAGAUUGCCACCAAGUCCCCGCUGCUCACGUUCCCCAGUGGAGAACCGUUGCGCUCAGAGCUCCAGUAUAACUCAGCUCUCAAAAACGACACUGUCACACCGGCGGAGCUUAGCGAGUUGCGGAGCACCAUAAUUAACCUGCUAGACCCCUCCCCCGAGACAGCCACCUUCAUUAAUAAACUGGACUUCGCCAUGUCCACGUACCUACUGUCUGUCUACAGACUGGAGUACAUGAGGAUGCUGCACUCUAACGAUCCUGACCGGUUCCAAGUGAUGUUCAGGUACUACGAGGACAAAGCCAUCCAGAAAGAUAAGUCAGGUAUGAUCCACUGUGUGAUAUGUGUAGGCGAUAAGGUGUUUGAGGUUUUCCUUCAAAUGAUGGCUGAAAAGACGAAGACAAAAGAACAUGAGGAAGAACUGGAGUGCCAUGCUCAGUUCCUGCUGGUGAACUUCAAUCACACGCAGAAAAAGAUCAGGAGAGCUGCAGACAAGUAUCUCUCAGGACUGGCGGAAACUUUCCCCCAUUUGCUGUGGAGUGGACGAGUGUUAAAAACUAUGUUGGACAUCCUGCAGACUCUCUCUCUGUCAUUGAGUGCUGAUAUCCAUAAGGACCAGCCUUACUACGACAUUCCUGACACACCUUAUCGGAUCAUGGUACCAGACACGUACGAGGCACGAGAAAGCAUAGUGAAGGACUUUGCGGCUCGCUGUGGUGAGAUUCUGAAAGAGGCGAUGAAAUGGGCUCCUUCUGUAACCAAGUCUCACUUACAGGAGUAUCUGAAUAAGCAUCAGAACUGGGUGUCAGGUUUGUCUCAGCACACCGGUCUGGCUAUGGCCACAGAGAGCAUACUCAACUUUGCUGGUUAUAACCGCCAGAGCACUACACUGGGGGCCGCUUUCCCUCAGGUGACCCAGCUGACAGAGAGACCAACCUGUGUGAAGAAGGACUACUCCAACUUCAUGGCCUCCCUCAACCUGCGCAACCGCUACACAGGAGAGGUGGCAGGUAUGCUGCAGUUUGCCCAAGUGACCCACAGUGAGUCAGAUCUCAGCAGACUGAUGGUCACUCAGAUGACUGAAGCCCUGGAAGCCAAAGACUCAGAUGCCUUCACGCAAUGCAUGUUCAAAAUGACUGCCUUACUCAUCAGCACUAAAGAUUGUGAUCCUCAGCUCCUGCACCACCUGUGCUGGUCUCCUCUGAAGAUGUUCAGUGAGCACGGCAUGGAGACAGCCAUUGCAUGCUGGGAGUGGUUCCUCGCUGCUCGCAACGGAGUGGAAGUGCCGUUUAUGCGUGAGAUGGCAGGAGCGUGGCAGAUGACAGUGGAGUUGAAGAUGGGCUUGUUUUCAGAGGCAGAAAAAGAGGCAGAUCCUCUUGCCGCCUCGGAGGAGAGUCAGCCAAUCCCUCGGCCUCCUGACGUCACGCCACACUCCCUGUGGAUAGAGUUUCUAGUGCAGAGGUUUGAGAUUGCCAAGUACUGCAGUGCAGAUCAAGUGGAGAUUUUCACUGGUCUCCUGCAGAGGGCGCUGUCACUCAGCGUAGGAGGACCAAAGAGUUGCCUCAACCGUCAUGUUGCUGCCAUAGGCCCUCGCUUCAGGCUCCUGACUUUAGGACUCACUCUUCUACAUGCUGAUGUGGUGACCAAUGCCACCAUACGCAAUGUUCUCAGAGAGAAGAUCUAUUCAACAGCGUUUGACUACUUCAGUGUGCCUCCAAAGUUCCCCACCCAGCCUGAGAAACGUCUGCGUGAGGACAUCAGCAUCAUGAUCAAGUUUUACGCCUGCCUUCUGUCAGACAAGAAAUACCUCACAGCCAACCAGCUCGUCCCACCCGAUCCUCAGGAUGUGUCUGUGAACAGCCUGUCUGUGGUCGCGGUAACAGACUCCCGGAGCAGUUUGGAUGCCGCGGUCGGCUCCAAACAACCUGUCACUCAGGGCUGGAUCAACACGUACCCGCUGUCCAGUGGUCUGUCCACCCUGUCCAAAAAAUCAGGUCUCUCUAAAAAGAGUAACAGAGGUUCUCAGUUGCACAAGUACUAUAUGAAGCGACGGACGCUACUUCUGGCCCUGCUGGCCAGUGAGGUGGAGCGCCUGACGACCUGGUAUAACCCACUGGGCACGCAGGAGCUGCAGAUCUCUGCUGAGCAGUCCGUGGAGACCAGCAUUGCUAACUGGAGGUCCAAGUACAUCACCCUGUCGGAGAAACAGUGGAAGGACAAUGUCAACCUGGCCUGGAGCAUAUCACCUUACCUCGCCCUGCAGCUGCCUGUCAGGUUUAAGAACUCUGACGCUAUCGUGACGGAAGUUACCCGCCUGGUACGACUGGACCCCGGAGCAGUCUGUGAUGUUCCGGAAGCCGUGAAGUUCCUGGUCACAUGGCACACCAUCGACGCAGACUCUCCUGAACUGAGCCACAUCCUAUGCUGGGCCCCAGCGGACCCUCCCACGGGCCUGUCUUACUUCUCCAGCAUGUACCCUCCACACCCGCUCACCGCCCAGUACGCCGUCCGAGUUCUCCGCUCCUUCCCACCGGAUGCCAUUCUGUUCUACAUCCCUCAAAUAGUCCAGGCUCUACGCUAUGACAAGAUGGGCUAUGUGAGGGAAUACAUUUUAUGGGCGGCUCAGAAGUCCCAGCUCUUAGCUCAUCAGUUCAUCUGGAACAUGAAGACCAAUAUCUUCUCUGAUGAAGAGGGACACCAAAAAGACCCUGAUAUCGGGGAGCUGUUGGAGCAGAUGGUUGAAGAAAUCAUUGGCUCUUUAUCUGGUCCAGCUAAAGACUUCUACCAGAGAGAGUUUGACUUCUUCAACAAGAUCACCAACGUGUCCGCAAUCAUCAAGCCCAUUCCGAAAGGAGAGGAGAGGAAGAGGGCAUGUCUCAGAGCCCUGUCUGAUAUCAAAGUCCAGCCAGGUUGUUAUCUGCCCAGUAACCCAGAGGCCAUUGUCUUGGACAUUGAUUACAAAUCUGGAACACCAAUGCAAAGUGCCGCCAAAGCGCCUUACUUAGCCAAGUUUAAAGUGAAACGCUGUGGAGUCAGUGAGCUCGAAAAAGAAGGUUUGCUGUGCCGGUCGGAUUCUCUGGAUGAAGCCAACAGUAAAGAGGAGGCCCAGAGGAUCUGUUGGCAGGCAGCCAUCUUCAAAGUAGGAGAUGACUGCAGACAGGACAUGUUGGCUCUGCAGAUCAUAGGUCUCUUUAAGAACAUCUUUCAGCUGGUGGGACUGGAUCUGUUUGUGUUUCCAUACAGAGUGGUUGCCACGGCACCUGGGUGCGGCGUUAUUGAGUGCAUCCCUGACUGCAAGUCGCGGGAUCAGCUCGGACGGCAGACAGACUUCGGAAUGUACGAUUACUUCCGGAAUCAGUAUGGUGACGAGUCCACGCUGGCUUUUCAGAAGGCGCGGUAUAACUUCAUCCGGAGCAUGGCCGCGUACAGCCUGCUCCUCUUCCUGUUGCAGAUCAAGGACAGACACAACGGAAACAUCAUGCUGGACAGCCAGGGUCACCUCAUCCACAUCGACUUUGGCUUCAUGUUUGAGAGCUCUCCGGGCGGGAACCUGGGCUGGGAGCCAGAUAUUAAACUGACUGACGAGAUGGUGAUGAUCAUGGGAGGGAAAAUGGAGGCCACGCCUUUCAAAUGGUUUAUGGAGAUGUGUGUGCGUGGCUACCUGGCCGUCAGGCCGUACAUGGAUGCGGUGGUUGCUUUGGUAACCCUGAUGUUGGAUACAGGACUGCCCUGCUUUCGUGGCCAAACCAUCAAACUGCUGAGGCAAAGAUUCAACCCAAAUGUAAGUGAGAAGGAAGCAGCAGCCUUCAUCAUCAAAGUCAUCCAGAACUGCUUCCUGAGUAGCAGGAGUAAAACAUAUGAUAUGCUCCAGUACUAUCAGAAUCAGAUCCCAUACUGAAGUUCUCUCUCUCUCUCUCUCUCUCUCUCUCUCUCUCUGUAAUGUUUUGUUCUUCUGUGGGUGCGUGUGUGUGUGUUUGUAUUCUUAUCCAUGUUGUUCUGUGAGCAUCUUUAUUAAGCAAAUACAUGUUUGCACGGAUUAAUUUUGUGUGCUACAGUGGUAUGUGUGUGUGCGUGUGUGAGUCUGUGAUGGAAUGUAAGUUUACAUCUUACCCUAGAUCCAACCCCCCCCCCCCCACGACAUUACCGUUGUAUUUCCUAACUGCCUUGCUAUGUUUUGUGCACUUUAAACUUUAAAUGCCAGUAUUGCGGUUUGCAUGGCUGACGAUUGUUAAAUCAAGGACUACAUUCACGGGACUCAAUUAUACGCACACAUACUUACGAACACUUAUAUACCACACAUGCACUUAAAUAUGUUUACUGCGGUGCACUUGCAUGGCUUGAGAAUGGGGAUUGAUAUGAAGUAAAAGUUUGUGCCACUUUUUAAAAAGGGUUUCUCAGCUCCCGUAAAACUCAGACUUGUUUCUAUGAAAAGCCUUUCUUACAUUCUACUGUUUGACUCCACGAACACUCCAAAACUGAUUUGAGAGCCAGAGAAAAGUCUUAUUUAAACGAUUACUGAAUAUUGGUACCUGAAGGUAUGAAGGAGACCUGAAGAAUUUAUUAGGUCUUAACUGAGAUGAAAGCCCUAUAGUACAAAUGAAGAAAAAGACUGUUUAACCUUUUGUAUUAAGAUAACACAACACAUGAUUAAAACUGAUAAUUGACAGUUGAUUUUUGAGUUGAACAUGGUGAAUUCAGAGGAGUGCUCUUCAGGCAUGUGAAAUGUGAAGAGAACAGAAUCUACAGAAAUGGAGAUGUCCAUUCCAGUUCUAAAACUGGAAUUCUGAUUCCGUGAACGUGUGUGUGUGUGCGUGCGCGCGUGUGUGUCUUUAUCCCUAAUUUAUGGACCAAUCACUGCUCUUGAAAACUGUGAUGUGGUCGUCUUUAAACAGUCACAGCUUGUGUGUUUGUCUGUGAGAUGACUGGUUCUCUGUGGAGUGUCGAAUCUUAUAGUACCUCUUUGUACUCCUUCAUCCAUUUUCUGCCUCUUUUUCUAUACUCCACUGUUUUUGAAUGUUUAUGCUGUCCAUGAAGUUAA